AAAAGGUCUAUAAAGUAGGUUUAAUGAGUACGAGCACGGUUUUCACAUCAGUAACAUCUCAAAAGUUACGAGCAAAACGUAAGGCCAAAAGAGCUUAUUUGGUUUAGUUUUAGGUUUUAAUGGGGUAAAAUUAUUUUUAGUAUUUUUUUUUUUUUCAGGUAACUUAAUUUAGUUUUAUAAAAAGUAGGACUGACGGCAGAAACAUUUCAGCCGCUGUCUCUAAGCAACAGGACGCCUAACCUGCUGCAGUGCGACAACUGGGACGAGUCAGCAGAUACCGACGGCAUUUUUACCAACAGUUUUUAUUUCUCCACAUUAUUUUAGCACCUGUCCGCUGAGUUUGCCUUUUCACAGCGCAGCCUGUCGAUAUCAUUUUUCUGUGCUGCUGGGCUUAAAAGUUUACCAGCGAAGAUGUUAAGUAGCCACUCAACUUUAGCUAGCUAGCUGAUAUGCUUGCAGCUUGAAGCUAAUGAUGCCUUCAUGGACUGUAGCUAGUUGUAGGUGCAGUUGGGCUUAAUAUUGACCUUGGACAUAUUAGGCCUUUAAUUGCUAAAGGCUUGACCGCAUAACGUGAGCUACUUCACUCAGACGACCAAGCAAGACUUGCCUACUUCGAUUAAAGUAAGCACAUUUGUUAAUGGGACGUUUUACCGUACAAGUUAUCCUGACAUUGCAACAUAACGUAUAAUGUCUAAUUUGAAGAAAAUCGCAACACCCACCAACAACGGGGCAAUACUAUGCGGCUGACUCACGUAUAUCUAAGGGAUGACUGCAUCACUGGUGUCGUGUCGAGUGGUUAGUUAGAAGUUCCUGAAGUACCUGAAGGCAGCAGAUACUGUCUCUCAAAGCUAGCAUUAGCAAUAGCUGCAGUUAGCCGGUAGGGAGGACCGCAGCAUCAGCAUCAUCCCUACACAAUGACAUAAAACGGGCACCAACUUGGUUGACUGUACGAGACGACGGAGAGGAACAACUCCGACACCAGAGAAAAAUGAGCCGCUUCUGCUCGGACAACAACAACUUUCCCUAUGACAACAACGUCCUGGUUUUGGACAUGGUGCUGGGCUCUCUGUGGGGAGUGCCCCAGCCCAUAAACUGGGACAAUGUAGCCAAGCUAGUUCCAGGAUUCACUCCCAAGGAGUGUGCCCAACGAUUUGAGGAGCUGAAGAGCACAGGGGGAUUUCCUCAUGUGGACAACCAAUGUAAUGCCCUGACAGAAGGAAGCCCCUCCCCUUCAGACGGCCUGACCACACUGCUGGACACUGGGGAGGUGUUGGAGACAGGAAGCAGCCAGAGCAGCAGCAAAGUUACAGCAGGCUCCAAAUCGACGCCCACAAGAAGGGUCGGUGCUGUGGAGAAGAAAGAGAGAAGGGUCUCCGCAGAGGAGGAUGACAAACCUCAGAAGCCACGAGAUCCCAACAUGGUUAUCCACGUGUGUGACGAGACCAAGAAUCUGAAGCAGGACUUCACAUGUCCCAGAGAGCUUCUGGUUAAAGAGAUGCAUUACUUUGCCGAGUAUUUGUCUGUGGACCCGCAGAGGUGGGAGGAGGUGGACAUCUCCGUUCACUGUGACGUACAGAUCUUCGACUGGCUCAUGAACUACGUCAGGAGGAACUCUGCAGGGGAGGGAAACAAGGACAAACCCCGCCUCGAGCCCAGCAAUGUGAUCUCAAUCCUGAUCUCCUCCGAGUUCUUGAAGAUGGAUACGUUAGUGGAGGAGUGCAUCCAGUACUGCCACAAACACAUGAGCGCCAUUGUGGCUACGCCCUGCAACAUGAACUGCAUCAACAGCAACUUAGCGACGCGCAUCGCUGAACUCUUCAACCACAACGAGGCAGACGACAUCAGGGACAAAAAAGACAAGUUCAAAAGCAAGUUGUUUCAGAAGAAAAUUGAGCGUCUCUUCAAUCCCAACUACCAGAGCAGAGAUUCACCAGGAAACGCCUCGACUCUCUACAGGUGUGGUCUGUGCCAUAAGCUGCUGACCAAAGACACAGAGAGGAAGAUUUCUUGUGUUCCAGGGAAAAUCAACAUAGAUGCUCGCGGAGAGAUCAUUUAUACACACACUAGACAGAAGAGCUGGGAUGUACAUGAGUACAUCACGGGUCUGUAUGAGGAACUCAAGUCCUGGGUCCUGGUCUACUGGAGAAUCUGGGGUACCAUCAACUACCUCACUUGCUUCCGAUGCCAACAGCUGUUUGUGUGUGCAGAGCUAACCCAUUGCAAGUACCACCAAGACAGUGUGCUGUACCCUGGCAUGGGUACUGAGAAAGGCUGGCAUGGUGCAGGAAUCUACCCCUGCUGCAAUCAGAGGGUUCUCCGCUUUGACCCCUCUGGUAUGCCCAAGGGCUGUAAGAUGCGAGACCACAUAGUGAACGUACCUGAUGAAGAGAACUGUGACGAGGUAACCUCAGCCCAGACCAGAGUCCUAAAUGACCUGCUGCUGCACAGAGACGCUGUGUGUUUGUCCAACACACCACCUGCAGACGGUACUGAGGAGAGUCCCUCCAGUGCAGAAAAGGUUCCGGACUGUGAUGUUCUCUUGGAGCCAACACUGCUCGGCCCUCUGAGAGGAGACGGCAGCACUUUUUCCUUUUUGAAAAACUGGAGUCUGCAAUUGAGGCAGCAGUCUCUCUUGUCGGAGGAUGAGGAGUACACCACGGGGUCAGAGGUCACUGAGGAUGAGGUGGGGGAUGAAGAGGAGCAGUCCAAGAAACAAGCUGCUAAGAAGGCCAAGAAGGCCCACAGACCUCUGAAAAAACAAACGUCCUCUCCAAACUUCCAGCGCAAAGACAAAGCAGAGAAACCCCAGUCCAGGGACAACACACCUUUCAUAGUGAGUGUCCAGAAAAAUAAGUGGGACAGUUCUCGCUCCAUGCGAUACAACCAGGACGCUCAGAGGGAAGAAGACCAGCGCCGCAUGGUGGAGGUCAUCGGCUACCUGACUAAGAUGAGGUUUGGAGACCAGGAGCAGAGCAAAUCUAAGGAUUCCAAAGAGCCUACAGGAGGAAUCUACUCCAGACUCGAAGCGCAAUUUAAGAGUGCCUCUCAAGCCAGACAGAGUUCAGAAAAGACACCCAGGUCUAAAAUACGCUAUGCUCAGAUCCGGACAACAGAAAGGACUUGAUGGGGAAAAGGCCACUGAGCCGUCAAAGAAACGAAUAUGAACACUGAUGAAGAGCUCCUCAAGACCCGUCAGUACAAGAGGAAGAGGCGAGAUCCUUCUGUGAGGGCUCAGUAUAACAAAACAACCUCCUACUGGCAGCCCCUCUAGCACGGCCACUACUUAUAACCCAGCUGUGGACUCUCUCCCCACCCCUUGGUAGUCCUGUUCCCUCCCUCUGUGCUUAACUCAGGUGACUAUGUAUCGAUCACCAUCAACUGCACCCUCUGUCACUCAGCUAGCUACUUAUUUGUGGUCCGUUCUUGAAAACAAGAUCUCUGGAUCCGGCUUAGCUCAUAGGAAAGGCACUUGAACUGAACAACCUCUCAGUAUGUCUUUAGGAUUUAGUUUUGGAGCUAGACAAGUUUGGGAUUUCUACAACACGAGAAAAGCUAGUUGUCAUUUUACCUGAAGAUCUGUAUUAUUUGGGUCCAGUAAAUCCCACAUGCAUGGAAGACUAAAAAAAACUAGUUUCAGAGAGAGAUAAGUGAUGCUAAAGGCCGGAUAGGAAAUGAAAAGUUCACUGCUUCAACACAGUUCAACUUGUUUUGGUUAAACUGCCGAUCACCGUACAUCAAUACAUUAAACGAACUCUGUAUUAGCAUCGCUGGUCUUCUGUGGUGAAGCCCAGCCGUCUGGGUGAGACAGAUGCUACAGUUAUUUACAAAUGCCCCCCCCUCCCAGUUCUGGUAGACAUAUAGGUCAUUCCCAUCUGUAUUGGAAUGUGACUGCACUGUACAACACUGGGACCAAUAAAACAUGAAUGACACUGAA